AUCUUAGUGAUUUCAAAUGAACCGUUCCCAUGUACGACAUAAUCAUGACAGUACUACGCAUCGAUAGUGAAAAUAGAAUAUUGCUCAGAUGAUCAUGAUUGUGACCCUGUUGACGUGUGUUGACAACACGCAGAACAAGAGCUUUGAAGAGUGAUUUGCAGUGAAGUUAAAAUCAGCAUGGCAGAAUGUCAGAUGGUGAGAGAACCAAGGGGAGCAAGACAACGCCCCCCAAGACCACCUCCCAUAACCCAGAACAUAGACAAUGUUACAGAUGUAAAAACAUUUCAAAAGCUACAUGACUCUGCCUAUAAAUAUAUCAACAAAGGACUUGCUGUGGAUGAGGAGUCGAACAUACAAGAGGCUUUAUCAAACUACCAAAAGGGACUAGAAAAGAUUGAAAUUGGUUUGAAUACAAAUGUGGAAAGUUUAAAUUGUUCCACAGAUGAGAAAAAUGAUUUAAAAAUGAUGCAACAAAAAAUGACAAAAACAAAACUUCAGAUUGAGUAUAGGAUUCAGUCACUGACACAGACCAGAAGUGAAUCCCCUCAGUCUAUGGAAGUACAGGCCCCUCCGUCUUAUGAGGAGUCAAUAUCCUCACCGGGGUCAAUGUCAGAGGAAGCAUUUCUGUCUCUGGGAGACUCAAUAAUGAGUGAACAGUCUAAUGAUGAUAUCCUCUCUGCUAAUGCUGAAGAAAUAUUCUGUAUUCCUGAUGGAGUUCAGAUCUUUUACAUUACCCCAGAGGGAUUUGUCAGUGCACCGUCUUAUCCAUCCUCCCUGAAGAUGUUAAAGUUUACUGACCCACCUCCAGCAGAUGACCAGAACAGACCCCCUGCCUUUUUGAAGGUUGAUAACUGGAUAUAUCCUUUAGUGCCUGGAAUGUCCCCUGCUCUGCAUGCUACAAAUGGUUCAUACAUCUUUCCAGAUGUCACAGCUGUCGCUGAAGGAUGUUCUGUUGGCCUUCUACUACCCCCUGAUGCAACACCAAGACAGAGACAGCAGUUUGAACAGACUCUGGCAUCAAUGACAGCUCUACUGGACCAGACCACACCCUCUGCCCCACCCCUGGAGCAAGAACCUUCAGCUCCACCCAUAGAAUCAGAGCAAGAAGAUACUCAUGUCUCUGUAAAAGGGGGUGUAACUGUGGCUGAAACGGAAGCAAGAGAGAAAACUGAAGGGGGCACCUCCACCAAGAUUGCCAAGGGUAUCUCAGUAGCAUCAGAGUGGAUUUCUUGGGGACUGGAGAAAGGAUCGGAGAAGGCUGGACACUAUAUAAGGUUAGGAUCUACCAAGUUAAGGGAACAUCUAAGCUCAGAAGAACCCAAACCAGUGGACCCAAAACUCCAGAAAGGGGCAGAGUAUGCCAGGAAAGGGGCUCAUGUUGCAGUGUCUGUCAGCUCGUAUGUGGUGAAAAAACUAGGACAAGCUACAGUGGCAGUAGCAAAAGAAGUGGCUCCACAUCUCCGUAAGCAAGGACAAAAGCUCCUCCCAGAAUCCAUGAAAAGCCAGGCAUCCGCCUCAGGCAGUAAUCCCAAAGUGGAAAAAGUCAUAGAUGGUGCUGUAGAAGUGGCAGCUUCAGGCUUGAAAGGUUUUGGGACAGUUUACAUGUCAUUGGAGACAGCAGCUAAAGCUCUGGCCAGAAAUCUGGCUAAUGAGACCGUGACGGUGGUCAAUCACAAGUAUGGAAGUGAAGCCGCUAAAUUAUCAGAGAAUGCCCUGUAUGCAGUUGGAAAUGUUGCCAUGACAGCGUACAAUGUGGAUAACCUAGGAGUGAAAGCUAUAGCAAAACGAGCCGCGAAAGAAACUGGCAAGGAGCUAGUGAAAGAUAUCCACGGGGAGUGGAAAGACUCAGGCAAAACAACAACCCAGAGUUAUUCAUCCCUGAACAACCAGCAACAGAAAUAUCCCUGAAUUGUGUUUACUGCUUAUAGACUGGUAUUUGUGACUUAAAUUGUGAGGCAUUCCUAUAAACGUGUGUGUUUAUGAAAAACACUGUUAUAUUGAAGAUUCCUUGUAUUACGCGAGUACUUGAUAUCGCGAACUGACUCACAGACGUUAAAUUGCGAGAACACGAAUUCACGAGUAGACUGUUGAUGAAGAUAUUUUACAUGCAUUGCAACAAUAUGAAAGAAACGGCGAGUAAUUUUAUUUCGUUAGCGACUUCUUUCUAAAUUACAUGUAUAUGACAAUGAAUUCCUCAUGUAUCUCUAGGAAUCUACAGUUCUAAAAUUAAUGAUUGUGAUAUAAAGUGAAUACCUGCCAUAUACAAUGUAUUUUAGUGUUGGACAUGUCAAUCAUCUGCCUUUCUAUAUAGACUUUUGUAACCAAAACAACAAAGAAACUUUAAUUUUGUGAGGGAAUAAUACUGUAUAUAUACACAGUUUUAUUUUCGCUGUGAUUUGAUAUAUAUUUUUGUUUUACUGUUGGACAGAACCAUGACCUUAAACACUGCAUUAAAUAAAAGUUUAAUCAUGGGAAUAUGAAGUACUCAAGGACAGUCAAGGUUACCUCAAUGUUUUACUACAAUGACAUUAACUUUGUGCUCUCAAACUUAUAAUAACUGCCUUUUAUCAUCAUAUAUACUUAACCUUCAUUGCUUAUCGAAUUAAAGGACUCUAAUGAACCAUACAGAUCAAACUCGGAAAUAUUUCAUCAUGUUCAUCAAAUUCAAAGAUUGAGAAAAAUAGAAGAAAAAACUAAUUCACACCUCAGCGAUUUUCUCAUUUGCUCGGGUUUGAGAACCUUAGUACUGUGACAUCACAUGAUGUCAUGUAGUUUAGAAGGCUAUGAUGUCAUAACUAAUAAACCAGUGGUAGCCACUAUUAUGACUUUGAGUGCUUGACAAUAUUUCAGUCACAUGAUCAUUGCCCUGCCUAUCCUUUAAAUGGGUAAGAAAUAAUUAGGUGCAGUUUAAAGCUUUACACAAUUUUAAUGAUGCCAUAUCCUCAUACACACACUGGUACUUUAAACUGGCCAGCACUGAAUGACCUUGACUUCCCAUUUUUCUUAUUCUUGAACAAGGAGAUGGUAGCUUUUGUAUAACUUCAUGUACAUAUGCAAUUUGAUGCUUGAAAAAAACAAUUUACUGAUAUGAUGUUUCUUUGUACAAAAAUUGAAAUGCAAUGGAUGCAUUCUAGUUUAAAUACACAAUUGUCUGUUAUUCACCAAUAAAUAUACUGAAUACAGUUUCUUUGAUAAAUCAUUAAAUACCUUGAACUUUCUUUAUCGCUGAUGUCUACAUAUUUGGCUUUGAUAAACCAAUGAAUACAGUGAAUUCUCUUUUAUGUCUCUGAUAUACACGAUUAUCUGUGAUUGACCAUUAAAUUUAUUGAACUAUCUCUGAUGUUGAAAACAUUUGUCUUUGAUAGACCAAUAAACACAUUGAAUUCUC